UGUUGUUGUCAUUGAAUUAGAUUUGAAGUCAAGCUAGCAAACUGAGGGAGGUCCAGCUGUCAGUGUUAUGUAUUAACUGGUUUCCCUGUUAACCGGUGAUUGACUGCCUUGCUCGUAACGGCGAGUGUAGAAGACUCACUUUGGUGCUUUAAAAGGUGCUGUUGGAUUUUCUCGGUAGAAGUGCCCAAAAUGACUGUAUUGUAUUUGGCGCUAUAUGAACACAACUGAACUGAAUUGAAUUUAAACUUGUGAAUGCAGUUAAACAGCAUUCGCCAGGACAACAAAUCAGUUUUUCACAUUCGCUUUUCCAAGGAGCAACCACAGACACCACAGGACGUCGGUCAACUGUUAACAUGGAAACCAGUUAAUUCGUAACACUGGCGCUACUUCCUGUUCUGGUCGUUCCUGACCGAACCAUUAAAUCGGUCAAAUGUCACUAUAAUCCAGCUCUCUAUUAUCAAUUUGAGGUGCAGCUACGACUGGAUUUCCCAUCACUUUAAGCUCAAGCGCUUCUCGAUUGACUUCAACUCGUAAAGUGUGGUAACUUUGGCCCUGGAGGCUGACCACCUCUCGGGGAAAUGAACAGGGCUUUGUUAACAGUCAGAAGACUCGUAUCAUCAAGGCGUGGCGUGAGUGUGUCUGCUGCGUGCCGUCAGGUGGUUUCCAGCCCGGAGGAAAUAUCCAGGCUGUACAGGGAGCUCAGCCGCUUCCCCUCACUGAGCAGAGCAGAUGUGGGACCAGUCAUCACCUCCCAGUAUGGAGGCAAAUACAGCAACAUCUAUACAGAGUGGAGCCAGUGUGAUCUGGAGAGGAAUGAACACGUCAAGUUUUGCAGGCAGUACAUUGUCUUCCAUGAUGAUAAGUCGGUGGUCUACUCUGGACCUUCAGGAAACUGCACCGAGAUCAAAGGAGAGGUGCUCAGUAAGGAUUCUCCUUCCGGUGAGAUGAAGGCUGUGGUCAGAGAGUGCACGGUCAAAGGAGAAGACAAACAGUUUCUCGAGAUCUGGAGCAAAAACAUCAAGAUGAAAAGCAUCAAUUUAACAGCCCUAAAGAAACAUGGCAAAGUUUAUGAAGAUGAGCAGUUUGGCUCCUUGGUGUGGUCUCACUCCGAAACACACCUCCUGUAUGUGGCAGAGAAGAAGAGAGCCAAGGCUGAGUCUUUUUUUCAGACUGAGUCACCAGAACUCGCUUCUAUUGGAGAUGAGGAGGAGACCAUGAGAGCUGGGAAGACAGACACAGUCAAAGGGGAGCAGUUUGUCUUCCAUGAGGACUGGGGAGAGGCUUUAGUUGGGAAGAGCUGUCCAGCGCUGUGUAUUUUAGACAUCGAGGGUGACUUUGUGUCCGUGCUGGAAGGAAUACCUGAAGAUAUCUCACCUGGACAGGCAUUUUGGGCUCCAGGAGACACCGGGGUGGUUUUCAUCGGUUGGUGGCAUGAACCGUUCAGACUGGGCCUCAAGUACUGCCCAAACAGGAGGUCAGCUUUGUUUUAUGUCGAUCUGACCGGUGGGAAGUGUGAGCAGCUCUCAUCAGGCAGCAGCUCGGUGUGCUCACCAAGGCUGAGCCCGGACCAAUGUCGCAUCAUCUACCUGGAAUGCUCCGUGUUUGGGCCACACAUGCAGUGCAGCAAGCUGUGCAUGUACGACUGGUAUACAAAGAAAACCUCAGUGGUGGUGGAUGUGGUAAAUCGACCUGGAGACGAUGGUUUCACUGGUAUAUACAGUUUACAGCUGUCUCCCCGGUGCUGGUCGGCUGACAGUCAGCGUGUUAUCAUUGCCUGUCCUCAGCGCAGCCGAAAGGAUCUUCUGAUGGUGGACAUCGGCACCGGGGCCGUCACUUCUCUGACUGCAAAGUCUGAUGUUGGCAGCUGGAGUCUGCUGAACAUAGAGAGAGACCUGAUGGUGGUCAGCUGCUCGUCGCCCAACUGCCCUCCAAGUCUGAUGGUGGCUUUCCUUCCUGGUAGAGACUCCCUGGACGAACUGCAGUGGGUCACUUUGGAAGACUCUCAGAAACAGCCAGAUAUUGACUGGGAGAUUCUGACUUUCACCCCUCCUCCAGAGCAAGACAACAGCCAAUACCCUGGCCUGGAUUUUGAAGCAUUGCUGAUCAAACCAAAGGAGGUUAAAGAUGACGUGAAGCUGCCUCUCAUCGUCAUUCCUCACGGUGGUCCUCACUCUGUGAUUGCGGCUGAUUGGCUCAUGUCCUGCUCGGUGCUCUGCAGGAUGGGCUUUGCUGUGUUGCUGGUGAACUACCGUGGAUCUCUGGGAUUCGGCCAGGACAAUAUCUUCUCAUUGCCAGGCAAUAUUGGCACUCAGGAUGUUAAAGAUGUACAAUUUGCUGUAGAAAGUGUCCUGAAAAGUGGCAACUUCGACAUGCAGAAAGUGGCCGUUUCCGGAGGCUCUCACGGAGGCUUCCUGGCCUGUCACCUGAUUGGCCAGUAUCCCGGCUUCUAUAAGGCCUGUGUGGCCCGAAACCCCGUCACCAAUCUGGCCUCAAUGAUCGGCAGCACUGACAUCCCAGACUGGUGCGUGGUUGAGACUGGUUUCGACUACAGCCCUGACCAUCUGCCUGACCCUGCUGUCUGGGGACACAUGUUGAACAAGUCCCCAAUUAAACACAUCGCACAGGUACAGACACCAGUGCUCCUGGCUUUGGGAGAAGAUGACAAACGCGUUCCGAACAAGCAAGGAAUCGAAUACUACAAAGCUCUGAAAGCGAAGCAGAUCCCAGUCCGGUUGCUGUGGUAUCCAGGGAACAACCACUCUCUGUCGAAAGUAGACGCCGAGUCGGAUGGCUUCAUGAAUGUUGCUCUGUGGAUAAUUCAACACUUGAAACCGUGACGGAUGCUUCCAGAUAAAUGCUGAUACUUCAGCAGCUACACACUACUCCAUGAUGAAGAAAUGAUUUUCCUGUUUUGGAAAUGAGAGGUCCAAACCAAAGCUGCAGCCUGAAAGUGCUUUCCAAUCAAAACGGUAUUGAUUUCCAUGUUUACCUUCAGUGGAUGAAGAGGAGCAUAUUUGCUUUUAACUUAGCAUUUAAGUUAAAGAGAAUACACUGCAUUGGUACUUUUAAUGCAAUCCUGACAUGCAGAAUUUAAAGGGCUUCAAAGUGUGUGUUUGUGUGAUUUGGAUAAAAUAAUCAUUCUUGUUUAAAUUUCAGUUUUUCUUUUAUUUUAUUUUUUUGAUAGUAACAGUGUUUCAUGCCCAACAAUGUGCACUUAUUAAAUUGCUCGACUACUGC